CAACAAAAGCGACAGAAUUCAAACGAGGCGGACAGCCGACUGCAGCGCGCGGAGAGUAGCGGACCGACACACACCGCGUCUUCACUCGGAGGAGAACCACAACAACGGAAUGGAUUACUUCCAGAAAGUGGUUUCCACUCGUCCUCCAGAGAUAGCAUCGCUGUGGUAGUCAGUCGAGUGGGUGUGUGUAUAUAUACACAGUUUGAUUCAUUCUGGCAUCGUUUGAUGAGAAGAGCGAUAAUGUCAUCGGAGGACUCGAGUUAUUCACCGGGACAGCCGUGAAGAGGCGUCUGGUCGGGGUGGUUUUACACGUGCGAUUUAUGACAAAAACUAAAUAAAAUCGACUUACUAAGUGAACAAAACUCAAAACGUGAUGGAGAUCCCCAAGUGAUGAGCUUGAAUGAGGAGGGUCGGGAAUUGAUCGCAAUGAGAUGGUUUUGAUCCACUUCCACACCAGCUCUCACACUCCAGCGUCCGGCGGGACACAGUGACCAGAAAAGGAUGACGGGUAGGGGGGUCCUCCCCUGGCUGCUGUUGGGCUAUCUGACCUGGAAUCUACGGAUAUCCGACGCACAGGGGGAGUACUGCCACGGGUGGCUGGACGGGCACGGGAACUACCAUGAGGGCUUCCAGUGCCCGGAGGACUUUGAUACCAUGGACGCCACGGUGUGCUGCGGCUCCUGCGCCCUGCGGUACUGCUGCGCCGCCGUGGACGCGCGGCUGGACCAGGGGACCUGCACCAACGACCGGGAGCUGGACCAGGCCGAGUUUGCAGCCCAGCCCAUCUACGUGCCCUUCCUCAUGGUGGGCAGUAUCUUCGUGGCCUUCGUGGUGGUGGGCUCCCUGGUGGCCGUGUACUGCUGCACCUGCCUGCGCCCCAAGCAGCCCACGCCGCAGCCCAUCCGCUUCUCCCUGCGGAGCUGCCAGGGCGGCGAGACCAUCCCCAUGAUCCUGACCAGCGCGCCCCCCAGCCUGCGCACCCCGUCCCGCCAGUCCAGCACGGCCACCACCAGCUCCAGCUCCGCCGGCGCCGGCAGCUCCGUGCGCCGCUUCUCCGGCGGCUGCCUGGUGACGGCCACCAUGUCGUCGUCGGCGACGCUCCACUCCUCCUCGCACGCGCCCCAGACUCUGCUGCCCCCGCCCCCGCCCCCGCCCUACACCAACCCGGCCAUGGCGGCGUCGAUGGCGGCGGCGGCGGCGGCGGCGGGGUGCGUCCAGCACCACCAGCACGCCCUGGCCUCCGGACAUAGCCUGACCCAGCUGCAGAUGCACCAGGCCCCCAUGCUGGCCCACCCCUCCCAGGGACAGGGCUUCCUGCUGCCCCGGCAGUACUACUUCCCCCUGCCGCCGGACCCCUACGCCGGGGCCAAGGGCUUUGCGGACUUCGGACAGAGCUGAUGGGGCUCCGGCGGUGGGGGAGAAGCAGCAGGGAUUACACGGUCAAAUAGAAACUAAAGGGCCGGGAGACAGUGGGCCAGCCUGCUAAGGUUGAACCCCUGGAAUUAGGGAGGUAUGAGGGACUAAAGGCCGGGAUUACGGAGCUGCUGAAACAGAUUUUUAAGCUUGGAAGACUUUGAAAUCGCCGAGCCCAGUGCCUGAGCGUUUUGUACAGCUGCGUCGGAGCGCAGGAUCUAUUAUUUUGUAAUAAAAGUGAAAUUACUACACACACA